GAUCAGAUUUUUUUUAAUGUAUUUUACAGGUUAUAAACAUGUUCGCUCGCUGUGAGCUGCCUCUGCUCCAUCCCUGUUCAAGCAGACGCGGCGCUGUGUGUGUGUGUGUGUGUGUGUGUGUGUGUUGUAGGCCAAUAGUCACUCAGUUACACAACCGCUUUCAGUUUCCGAGCCCUGCCUGCCUGCCUGGUGGCUCCCCGCCCACCGCUGCUCUCUGCUGCCUGCCUGCUGCCUGCCUGCCUGCCUGCCUGGCUGUUGGACGGACUGGGGCAGAUCCGAGCCGACCAGUUCCGUGUUCUCUCCGCUCACCCAGUCCGCGGACCGAGCCUGAGUGAGGAGGACCCGGCAGUGUCAUGGUGGACAUUCCUGCCCAGCCGCGGCAUCCAUAACUCCGGGGACAGAGGGGAAGUGUGUCCGGAGGUGAAGUCAUCAGACGGUCCAGCAUCACUGUGAGCCAUCAGGAGAGUAAAGACGGCAGCGGCGUCAUGAUGAGCGGUCGGACUGGACGGAGGGCAGCUGUGUGGGAAUAUUCGGCCUCACUGUCGGCAGCCGACCUUUGACCCCUCAUGGAUUAAAAUGUCACUUUGGCUGAGACAUGGAGGGAAGCGACACGUCUCACUCUCCAGGAAUUCUGUGAAUUUAACCGAGGUGUUUGUUUGAAAGCGGAUUGCGCAGACUGGACGAGGCUGCCUUCUUCUUUUUUUGCUUUUUUGGUUUGUUUUAUUCCGAUGGGACUCACAUGGUCGAGUGAAGAUGGAAUAAGAUCUGAGUGGGAGAUGUUCCUAAAUAAAAACUGACUACAAAACACAGUUUGAGUCCAGCAUGGAGCAGGAUUUCACACAGUAGGAUCUCUUCUCUCUCAUUCAUGUGGAUAGUGAACACUGGCCUGGACUAACGUUAGCCAGUGCUGGUGAAGACUUCCAACUCUUCACACCCAAAAAACUGUUCAAACAAUAAUCCUGAUUAAACUCCUGCAGGUGCUACGAGCCUGAAACUGCAGCCGCUUCCAUUCCUCAUCGCUGUGCAUGGACGUGUGACCGCUGGACAGCUGGAAGGCGUCGCCUGCCUUCAGCUUCAGACUCGGUGUCUUCCUGCAGCGUCACUUAAACAAAACAAAACAAAAAAAAACUCCAAACAUGGCUGCUACAGGACGGAAGCACUUGGUGAGAGACUUUAACCAUUUCAUCACCUGUUACCUGUGUCGAGGUUACCUGAUCAAACCCACCACGGUCACCGAGUGCCUGCACACCUUCUGUAAGAGCUGCAUCGUGCAGCACUUCGAGGAGAGUAACGACUGUCCUAAAUGUGGCAUUCAGGUCCACGAGACCAACCCGCUGGAGAUGCUCAGGUUGGACAACACCCUGGAGGAGAUCAUCUUCAAGCUGGUGCCUGGACUCAGAGAAAAAGAGGAACAGCAGGAACUUGAAUUCUGGAAGAAGAACCAACCCAAAGCAAACGGCCAGGAAAACGUGCGGUGUGCGAGGAUCGGGCUGCCUGACGUCGGAGGCGAUGACGGUGACUGCGGUGGCGACGACGGUGACGACGCCGCCGAUGACGACUACCACAGGAGUGACCCUCAGAUCGCCAUCUGCCUGGACUGCCUGCGCAACACGGGGCAGUCAGGAGAGAGCACUGUCACGGAUUUGAUGAAGAGGUUCAUCCGCUGCUCCAGUCGAGUCACCGUGGGAACAAUUAAGAAGUUUCUCAGUCUUAAACUCAAGCUGCCGAGCUCGUACGAGCUGGAUGUGCUGUGUAACGGAGAGAUCAUGGGCCGAGAUCACACUCUGGAGUUCAUCUACAUGACCCGAUGGAGGCUCCACGGAGAGAAUACGUAUCCCAUGGUUCUCGAGUACCGGCCACGUAUCGACUUUGGCUGAACCACAGCUGCAAGAAGAGGACCACACACACACACACACACACACACACACACACACACACACACACACACAUUUGCACGCAGAAUAACACAAAUACCUACACACACACAUGCCCACAGCGUGCAGAAGAGAGGGGGAGAAAGAUUGAAAUGUAUUUUUGUACAGCCGAUGAUGAAGUGCAUACGUCGUUAUGGUAAAGAGGUUUUAUGCUACAUAGAAUAAUAUAUGCUAUAAUAUAUGAUAUUUUUAAAUGUAUGUCCCUGUGCCUAAAAUCCUGUCGAGAUCAGAAACGAAGUACGACCAUAUCUUCACUUUGCCUGUCUAACUCUGUAGAUUAAAUGUUGAUUUUCUACUGCUGA